AUUGGCUCCUGGAAGAAGAGAAAAAUCUUGGGCAUUGGAUAAUACAUUUGGUCGCGGAAUGCAGUUUACACGUGCAUUGGGAGAUUUUUAUAUUAAAGAAAAGGCGCCAAAAAGUUUAAUAUCUGAACCAGAAAUUGCAGGCAAAUAUAAUGCAAAAGACUUAAACUUACUUGUUCUUUGCUCGGAUGGUAUUACAAAUCGUCUUAGAGCAUAUAGAAGAAUGCCAACACAAGUUUUACUAAGUUAUAUUAAGCGACACAUAAAUUCAGAAAAUCCACUAAAAUUAGCUUGUGAUGAAUUAGUCAGACUUUGUGAUUUAGUAUCUCAAACAGGAUUUUGUAUUGAUGAUAUGUCAAUUUUAGUAAUAAUAUUUUUAAAUGGUAAAUCAUUAAAAAAAUGGUGCGAAGAUGCAACGAAACGUGCUGAAAAUCCUGAAGAUUGGUUGAAUUAUAAGCCAAAUGAUGAUGAAAUUUCCGAAAUUUCAGAAGAAGAUUCGGGUGAAGUUGAAUCUCCAAAGA